AUGUUGCUGUUUUUGAAGGUUAUUCAACUCCAGGGUGAUCAGAGAAAGAACGUUUCUGCAUUUCUUGUCCAGGUGAUUGCUAUUUACACCAGGGUUGAAUUUGAAGUGGGGUUUCAGUUUUUUUGGAGAACCUUUCAUGAAAAUGAAGAAAGACAAUCAGAAGCUGAGAAGGUUUCGCAAAGAUCUCAACUGCAAGAAAAAGUGCGGCAAGUGCCAUUGAUUUCUACCUCUUCUACAACACAAGGAGUACAAGAACAAGUGCGGCAAGUGCCAAUGGAUUCCAUCACUCCUACAUCACAAGAUGUGCAUGAACCAUCUGAAGAUUCUACCAAUCAUGAAGCAAUUGAACAAUCUGAGGAACCAGGCCCUUCCGCGCCAAAAAGAAAAAGAGGCCCUACUCAAAAGAAAAGUGUGCACGAUAGGAAGGACCGUAAAAUAAUCGUGCUAAAUGAGUUUGAUCAACCCAUUGGUCCUACUGAUGAAGUUGUGAAAGAGUUGGGUAGCUUCCUCGGCACAUUGGGAAGGAAUGAGACCUUUUGUCCUCUUAAUGCGAAGAAUUGGGUUUUUGAUUCAGUUUGUACUGCUUGGAGAAAGUAUAAAAGUCAGUUGAAGAAAAAGCACUUUGAAGCAUAUGAGAAUGACGAGCUUCGAAUGGAGAAUAGGCCAAAAAAUGUUCCGGCGUCUCACUUUAAAGAUCUUCUUGACUAUUGGAACUCGAAUUCCGCCAAGAAAACGUCUGAAACCAAUAUCGAGAAUCAAAAAAAAUUGAAGCAUCCACACACUGCUGGCAAAACAAGUUUUGCUCGAAUCAUUGAGGUUUGA